AUGAAAAGGUGCUGUGAGGGCGUCGGGCUGCCAUGCCUGUUUAAGGGCGUUGGUAUGGCCAGGCCCAGGGCUCCCAGGUACCUCCUGGUCUUCGAUUUCGACGAGACCAUCAUCGAGGAGAACAGCGACGAGUCGGUGGUGAGGACGGCCCCGGGCCAGGAGCUCCCCGAGCACAUCCGCCAGACCUUCCGCCAGGGCUUCUACAACGAGUACAUGCAGCGUGUCCUGGCCUACCUGGGCGACCAGGGCGUCAAGAUGGGCGACUUCAAAGCCGUCUAUGAGAACAUCCCCCUGUCCCCCGGCAUGCAGGACCUCUUCCAGUUCCUCUCCAAGAACCACGAGCUCUUCGAGAUCAUCCUCAUCUCGGACGCCAACAUGUUCGGCGUCGAGUGCAGGCUGAGGGCGGCCGGUGUCCACUCCCUCUUCCGCAAGGUCUUCAGCAACCCGUCCAGCUUUGACAAGAGGGGUUACUUCACCCUGGGGCCCUAUCACAGCCACAAGUGCCUUGACUGCCCGGCCAACAUGUGCAAACGUAAAAUCCUCACCGAGUACCUGGCGGAGCGAGCUCAGGAGGAGGUGGAGUUCGAGAGGGUCUUCUACGUGGGAGAUGGUGCCAAUGACUUCUGCCCGUCCGUGGCUUUGACUGCAGCUGACGUGGCGUUCCCCCGCAAGGGCUACCCCAUGCACCGUAUGACCCAGGACAUGGAGAAGAAGCAGCCUGGAGCCUUCCAGGCCACUGUCAUCCCCUGGGAGUCAGCCGUAGAGGUCGCCCGCUAUCUCCAGGAGGUCCUCAAGAAGAAGUGUUGAGGAUGGCUCGGAAGAGACUUGCUGUGAGCGGCUGGGAAGGGAGAAGCUCGGGGAGGGGUCAC